CAUUCGGGACCAAAACUCGUCGGAGAGAAAGAGAAGAGCGAGGCGAAGACGUAACCCUAGCUUUCAGAGAUGUCGACGUUCGCGGAGGCACCUCCCGGCAAUUCGAAAGCCGGGGAGAAGAUCUUCAAGACCAAGUGUGCCCAGUGCCACACGGUCGAGAAGGGCGCUGGCCACAAACAAGGUCCCAAUUUGAAUGGUCUUUUUGGGAGGCAAUCGGGUACAACUGCUGGCUAUUCCUAUUCUGCUGCAAAUAAGAACAUGGCUGUGAUAUGGGAAGAGUCAACCUUGUAUGACUAUUUGCUUAAUCCAAAGAAGUACAUCCCUGGUACCAAGAUGGUUUUCCCUGGACUGAAGAAGCCACAAGAGCGAGUGGAUCUCAUUGCCUAUCUCAAGGAGUCAACAGCUCCUUAACCCUUUGCAUAUUCUAGACUCCACGAUAUUCCUUUUUUGCCAAUAAUAAGACAUGUGAGGUUAAAAAGACAUAUGUCAGAUUGGAGCUACAAUCUGUUUUUUCUCAUCUUUUGUCUUACUCACUGCGUUGCCCAUCUUGAAGUUCUAGUUUACCUACUUGAGUCCUGUUUGUUUCCCCCUUGACUGGUGUUUGAAGUUUGAACACCAGGUAGCUAGCAAUUGCUAUUAUUCACAUCACAAACCAAUAUAUUUUCUCUUCUUUUCUGUAAUUUCGAUGAUUUUGUAGCUGUUUGGUUUACAGUGUUGGUUUUGCUUGUAAAUUUAGAAGUUGCAAAUUGCAAUCAUGCUUGAUUUUAAUAAAUCUUGAUUUGAGUCCGCA